GGAGAGUACGGCAAACUUGGCGAGACUGGAGGAGCAGCCCUUCCUGCCUGUGGCACUGCUGAAGCUUCUGGUGGCAUCUGACGCUGCGACUUCCUACGCCGCCGCACGAGCCGUCGAGUGGGUCGUCAUUCGAAGCGCCGCACACUUCCAAUCUCCAUCGCGUGAAGCCUUCGAAUUGGAUCUCGUGGAUCUGCUCGUGCUCGCCUUGUACGUGCCGUACGGACCGAUUUCCGUGUUGUACGGCAACCCUGCUACAUCCUCGGACGGUUUCGAAAGUUCGGCGCCACAAUCGCAGCAGCAACAGCAUCAUCAGGGUCCAUGGCACGUAGCCGUUACGUCGCUAAUGCCUUCGGGUGGCGUUACGGCGGCGGCCGUACGGGAUGCGGCGGUGGUGCUGACGGCGGUUGCUGACGCGGCUGACGGCUUGGAGGCUUCGCAAGCUUCACAAGCUCAGCAGCAACAGAAGGGGGCUAAGCAAGGGCAGCAGGAACAAAGAGGAGCUGGGCUAUUGUUCGGCAGGGGCCCACUGACCCAUGGGUCACUCCCGCGCCUCGAGCCGCUCCCUCACGGCGGCGCCCUUGCCGCAGACCACUCCUCCGGCCUGGUCUUCAGCACCUCCCUGUCAGGGCAUCCUGCAGCAGGGGGCUCCGCAGCC